GAGGUGGCCAGGGCUGGGGUGGGGAAGCUCCCCAAGGGGGCCGGAGGGGGCAGCUGCUGCCAAGGCCCUAAUGAGGCCCCCUCUGCGCCUUUCCCGCCGCGAUCUUAAUUCCAUGUUCUCCCCGGAGCCACCGCUAAUUGGCCUGGGGAGGGCCCCCUUCUGGCUCCUGCUCUAUCCGCCAGGGGGCUGAGGACACCUGGAUCCCGAUCCAGCACCUGUGGCCCUGUUCUCCCGUCCCUCCCUCCACCUGCCUCUAGGUACCCCAUCCUAUGUACCCCUCCACCAUCUUUCCAUGCCCCUCUCCUCCCUGUUCCUCUGUCCCUCCUUUGGCCUGCCUCUUGGUCCCCCAUCUGUACGUCUCCUCAUUCCUCUUUCUCUGUUUUCCUGUCCUUCCCUCCAUCUCUGGGCACCCCAUUUGUACGCUCUUCCAUCCACAAGCCUGUUGCCGGGUCCCAGUAUCACUGCCAUCCUUACCUGGGGACUCAGACUUGCCCCAGUCUAACCCUCUCGGACCCCCACUCCCGCCCUGCUUUUAAACUCUUCCCCGCCCUCAGCCAUGUCCAACAACAUGGCCAAGAUCGCGGAGGCCCGCAAGACGGUGGAACAGCUGAAGCUGGAGGUGAACAUCGACCGCAUGAAGGUGUCGCAGGCGGCGGCCGAACUCAUCGCCUUCUGCGAGACGCACGCCAAGGACGACCCGCUGGUGACGCCGGUACCCGCCGCGGAGAACCCCUUCCGCGACAAGCGCCUGUUCUGCGUUCUGCUCUGA